AUGGUAGAUGCAAAUUCAAUUGACACUCCAAUUCCCACAAAUGGAAACUUGGACAGGGGUGAAUAUGGUAAGGAUGUUGACGUCAAAAAGUAUAGAGAUAUGAUUGGAUCAUUCUUAUAUCUUAUUGCAUCUAGGCCUAACAUUAUAUUUAAUGUAUGCAUGUGCGCUCGAUAUCAAUCUGCUCAUAAGGAAUCACAUUUAAAAGCUAUAAAAUGCAUCCUUAGAUACCUUCGUGGUACUUUUAAGUAUGGGCUUUGGUUUUUAAAGGGUAACGAUUAUAGUUUGGUUGGUUACUCUGAUUCCGAUUUUUCCAGUUGUAAAUCGAAUAAGAAGAGUACUAGUGGAAAUAGUCACAUCUUUUCAAAUUCCUUAGUUAGUUGGCAUAACAAGUAG